AUGCACGGGGGGUCCAUUUCCCCGGGUGAGAUCAAGAAAAUGUUAUCUUCCCAGCUGGAUCGGGUCAAAGUGACUGAGGAAAUCUUUGUGAAAUUGAGGAAUUGCAUCGCUUCCAACACCGGCAUCAAGAAUUUGCAGCAUGUGCAUCAGUUUGAGCGAGAUGCAAUCAAAGUUCUCCUCCAACAGAACCCCAGUGAGCCUGUGCAGAGCCAGGCAUGUGCGCUUGUUGAAAAGAUGCAGGACUUAUCCGGAGUAAAGUUGACCAGUGAAUUUGACUCCUACCCUUUGCAGUCAGCCGAUGCAGAUCUCCUGAAAGAACAUGGUUUCGAAGUCGGCUGCCAUGUGUCACGGAAGGAUGGAAUUCUAGCAAAAGUCCAAGCUUUUGAGGAUGGUACCUCCAUGGUUGUCCUAGCUAUGGAUGAUGCCAAAGGUGGAAGCAAGGUUGUGAAGGUGGACGCCGCUAGCUUUUUGAAAGGCCAGUGGACGAAGUACCAGCCCAAGGCCCUGCCCCAGUACAUGGAGAACUGGUGGGGUCCAAGUUGCUUGGAGCACAAAGACUCCUCGUACGUGAAGGGGAAGAUUGCACAGGAGCUGAGACAAGCUACCAUAUGUAGCUGCAAGCCAUCAGCGCUUCUUAUACGCUGCAAGCCAGGGAAAGGAGUCAUUGCCGCACUGAAGUUCGGCAAGGGACAGCUGAAGCUAUUUCCCUUCACUAACCGGGUUGAUGCCGGUAAGGGAGGUGAUGGGGCAGUUCUGGUGACCACAGUGGGUGGCAUGGAGUUCUACCUGCGCCAGAGCACUGGCAUCACUGUGCCAUUCUGGCACGUGGCUUCGGUUGCCGAUGCAGCCAUGGCCAAGAUGGAGAUUGUGCCUGCCAAGAACAAAGAUGGGCUGCUCGAGGGCAUCAAGAUUCCCUAUAUGCGGAACAUUGCACCUUUGGAGCCCGACACCGAGCUGUUGAUCUACAAGCCGCCCAGCAAGACGCGCGUCAGCACUGAAUCCUUGGACAAGCUGAUCCCAGCGAAGAGACUUCAUGGCAAGGAAAAUCUGAGCUAG